AUGGCUUCCUUGCUUGUGACAGUUCUUCUCCUCCUGUCAGGGUUUCUCGCGACAGGGGCCGCAGCCCAGGAUCUCGUCGCCGAACUCGACUAUGGUACCUUCGAGGGGGCGUACUCAGCCUCCUACAACAUCUCGUACUGGCAGAAGAUCCCAUUUGCACAACCGCCUGUCGGCGACCUCAGGUUCAGGGGACCGCAGCCCCCGCUGCCCAUCACGAAUGGCACCUUUAACUCCAGCCAGCCCUUCGACAUGUGCCCCCAGCGCACUGUCAACGGCUCUGAGGACUGCCUGUACCUGGGCCUGUACUCGCGUCCCUGGACUCAGGGGCAGCCCCUGCGCCCCGUCGUCGUUGUCUUUUACGGUGGUGCUUUUAUCCAGGGCAGCGCUUACUUCACCAUCCCGCCCUCGGCGUAUCCAAUCCUGAACGUCUCAUCUGAGACGGACCUGGUUUUCAUCUACCCGAACUACAGGACCAACGCCUUCGGCUUCCUCCCGGGGAGGGAGGUUGCCGAGGACAGCGGGUCCGACCUCAACCCGGGCUUGCUCGACCAGGACGCUGCCAUCCGGUGGGCAAAGGAGCACGUCAGCCACUUUGGCGGCGACCCAGAUUCCAUCUCUAUCUGGGGCCAGUCCGCGGGCGGCGGGUCGGUCGUGGCGCAAGCCAUCGCGCGCGCGGGGGCCGAGGACCGGCCAAAGCUGUUCAAGAGGGCGCUGGCGAGCAGCCCGUUCUGGCCCAAGACGUACGACUACGACGCGCCGCAGGCGCAGGCCGUGUAUGACCAGUUCUCGACGCUCGCGGGGUGCGGGACGGGCGCGGGCAGCCUGGAAUGCCUGAAGAGGGCGGACCUGCAGACGCUGAGGAACGCGUCGCUGGUUGUCGCUGCGAGUCACACCUACAACUCAAGCAGCUACACAUGGGCGCCAGUGAUCGACGGGACGUUCCUGACCAAGAGGCUGAGCGAGGCCGCGGAGGCCGGUGAGGUCAACAUGGAUUAUGGAUGGGGCAUGUACAACACCCACGAGGGCGAGAACUUCAUCCCUCCAGGCCUCGCCAAUACCAAUAACACCGGCACACCGCCCUUCAAUUCCAGCACGGCAAGCUUCGACAACUGGCUCUCCGGGUUUAUGCCCGGUCUCUCCCAGGCUGACCUGGAGGAGGUGAAGGCGCUGUACCCGGAAUCAGGCACUGCUGAGGCUGUACCAAGCUAUAACGGCUCUUACACUCGGGCUGGGCUGAUAUACAGGGACUCCAUCCUGGCCUGUCCAGCCUACUGGCUGGCCGGCGCAUCGCCAAACGGGAGCUACCUGGGAGAGUACUCCAUCUCCCCAGCCAAGCACGGCAGUGACACCAUCUACUGGAACCAAGUCAACACCGCGCAGACUACUGACCCGCUCCACUACAAGGGCUACGCCGGGGCCUUUGCCUCGUUCUUCAUGACGUCCGACCCGAACGCCAUGAAGCUGACCGGCGCGGACGAGCCCGGCGUCCCGCCGCUGCUGUCGUCGGGGAAGGAGUUCAACAUCAACGCGGCCGGCUUUGCCCAGCUCGAGCUGACGCAGUUCCAGGGCCGGUGUGAUUUCUGGAAGAGCGUUGCGCCCAAGAUCCCUAUAUAG